AUGCGACCAAUUGCUGUUGUUGGUGGCGCGACCGCAGCUAUUGGUGAUCCCAGCGGGAGGACUUCUGGUUGAUCCAUUACUGCCCAAGUGAAGAGAAUAGGAGAAAAUGUGCUGACCGAAGAGCUCACUGUUCUCGAUAAUAACGAAUGGUUCGGUAAGAUGUCUAUGGUGGACUACCUGAGAAAGUGCAAACAGUUUCGUAUUGGCGAAAUGCUACGAAUGGGACCCGUGAAGGCUCGUCUUGCUGAUGAAGGUGGUGGAAUGUCGUUCACGGAGUUCAGCUAUCAAACAAUGCAGGCGUACGACUGGACUGUACUGUUAGAGAAGUUCGACUGCAGAUUUCAGAUAGGUGGAUCUGAUCAACUCGGUCAUCUGGAUCUGGGUGCCCACCACAUCAAAAGGACGUGCGGAGGAAAAUUUGUAGCAGGUGUAUGCUUGCCACUGGUUACUGAUAGUGCUGGAAAUAAAUUGGGAAAAUCUGUUGGA